UAUAACCAUUAAUUAGAUGCCCGGAAAUCACCAUCUCUUUAGCGGAGAAUUUCGACAAAAAUUCCUUCCCAUGAUUCUGUCCUUUCUAUGUUUGCCUCUCUGUCUCUCUCCCCUCCACAGUGCACACCCACAUCUAUAAACUAAAGUUCAAAAGAUUUUCCCAAGAGCCAAACACAGACCACUAGAUACAGAUUCCUGAUCUCACAGAUCAUAAUCUCUUUUUCAAGCAAACCAACUUCAAGGUCCGGCAGAGUCCAAACUUUACCAUGCAGUUCUCGCCAACUGUUCUCAUCCAAACCAGUUAAAUAAAUAUAUAUCAGAUAACCAAACCAUUUUUGGAUCAAAAUGGGAUCUGCAACAUCUUCGAUGGCUGCAAAAUUCGCAUUCUUUCCACCGGACCCGCCAUCUUAUAGCAUUUAUGUCGAUGUGUCCACUGGGAAAAUGAGGAUGUCCGAUGUUGUUCAUCAGAGGGAGGACGUGGAUGUGUUGAAGUUGAGCACCAAGAGAGGGAAUGAGAUCGUUGCUAUGUACGUAAAGAACCCGUCUGCAUCUAUGACUGUACUUUACUCUCAUGGCAAUGCUGCUGAUCUUGGCCAGAUGUAUCACAUUUUCACUGAGCUUAGCCUUCACCUUGGCGUUAAUCUGAUGGGGUACGACUAUUCUGGAUAUGGACAGUCGUCUGGAAAGGCAAGUGAGCAGGACACAUAUGCGGACGUAGAGGCUGCUUAUAAAUGCCUUGAAGAGACCUAUGGAGUGAAGGAGGAAGACAUAAUAUUGUAUGGCCAAUCGGUUGGAAGUGGACCAACUCUGGAACUAGCUAUCCGUUUGCCUCGAUUGAGAGCUGUGAUUCUUCACAGUCCCAUCCUGUCUGGCCUGCGUGUCAUGUACCCAGUUAAGCGAACAUUCUGGUUUGACAUAUACAAGAACAUUGAUAAGAUUCCACUAGUCAAUUGCCCCGUUCUGGUAAUUCAUGGAACUGAAGAUGAAGUUGUGGAUUUCUCUCAUGGUAAGCAGCUCUGGGAGCUUUGCAAAGAGAAGUAUGAACCUUUGUGGCUUAAAGGAGGAAACCACUGCAACUUGGAACUCUAUCCAGAGUACUUAAAGCAUCUCAGGAAGUUCAUAACAGCGGUGGAGAAAUUACCUCGUCUCCAAUUCGAGUCUGGAGAAAUUUCAGAACAAUCAGAGAACUCAUCGAGUGCCACGGAACAGAAGUCCAGAGCAAGCACAGACUAUAGAGAGAAGUCUAGGCUAAGUAUUGGGCAGAGAGAAAAAUCAAGGCCGAGCACAGACAAUAGGGAAAAAUCAAGAACCAGCACAGACAAGAGGGAGAAGUCAAGAAGAAGCAUGGAUCGGUCUGGAAAGGCGAGGAACAGCACGGAUCAAUCGGAGAGAGCAAGGAAUAGCUUCGACCGCUUGGGAGACAUGGUGAGAUCAGUUGGAUUAUGCAAUGUUGAUUGUUUGAAGCAGACAGCUUUGGAGGCCUGAGGUUUUAAGGAUUCAGUUCUAGUGAUUGUUGCUUUGUAAAUUCUGUUACAGUUAAAAUGUUUGGUUGACUGGUUCAGAAGUUCAACUGAUUAUCAUAUGUAAAGGCGAGAGACUUUCCAAGUGUUGAUGUUGCUUAAAGGGAAAGUAGUAGUUGUUCUGGCACAAGCAAUUUGAACCUGUUUCAGAAUAAAGUCCAUGUUGGCAGAAUGAUUUCUAUUACAAACAAUAAAUAAGGCCUUUUCAGGUGCUA